AAUGGAUCGUUCAACUCAUUCAAAUGCUAGACCAGCAAGUGGAAGCAAAGAUAAACAUGAUUUAGGAAAGAAGGAACAUGUUAUAGCUUAGUUAGAACAAAUUAUAAUGGAACGUUUGAAGACUACAAUCAAAGAUAUAGAAGUAAUACAUUUUUAUUUAAAUCAGGGGGAAUAAGAAAGAUAAAUGAAGUAAAAGCAAGAUCAAGGAAAAAAUGAUUAAGUUUCUGUUGCAUUGUGGUAGAAAAUUAAGGGAUGGUCAACAGAACAACCAUUUAGUAACUGAUUUAAUUUAAAUUUUUAUAGAAAGAAUAGCAAACUUAAUAUAAGAUAACUAAAAGAUUCCAUAAGAGGCUAGAUAAAGAUUUGCAAAACCAUUUCUUGAUUAAUAAAAAUUGAUUUUUAAUAUAGAAUAGGAUAAAUCCAAAGUUAAAAUUAAGUUAAAUGAAUACUAUUAGACUUUGGCUAAAUCAACAUAAGAUAAUAUGAAUUCUAUUAGUGCUAGUCUUACUAGAUUAGCAGCAGCAGGUUGUUGUGGAAAAGGAGAAGCUUUAAAAAAUUUUGAAAAUGAAUUUAGAAAAAUAGAGUUAGACUUUAUCUAAUGGACAGCAUUACCAAAUUUAGAAAACAAUAAUGUUGAUAUCUUUGUAGUGAAGACUAGUUUAAAUUAUGAAGAUUUCAGAACAUUCUUAAUUAAAUCUUUAAAUGAUUAUUUUCCAAGUGCAGCUGGUGAAACUAAAAUUAUUGAAAAACCUGUUGAUAAAAUAGUGUAUAUAGACAAACCAGUAGAUAAAAUUGUAUAUGUUGAUAAACCAGUUGAAAAAAUAGUAUAUGUUGAUAAACCAGUUGAGAAAAAGGUGAUUGAAUAUGUAGAGAAGAUAAAAGAAGUCCCAGUUUAUAGAGAUUAACCAGUUUAAGAUGAUAGAUUAAGAUUGGCACAUGAAAUGUUAUAUGGAAUAGGAAGACCUUAAAAUGUAACUGAGGCUUUAAAUCUUUAUUAUGAAUUAGCAGAAGUUAAUUAAGAUGUUAAUUCCUUCAAUAUCAUAGCUUAAAUAUUCUCUGAAGGAAAGUUUUUCCCAAAAGAUUUAAAUAAAGCUUACACUUAUUGGGAAAAGAGUGCUGCCUAAUAAAAUGCAGAAGGAUUAUAUAAGAUAGGUCGAUUAUUAUUAGAUUAAGUAAUAGAUGGACAAAUGCUAUCAUAAGGAAAAUUAUAAACUAGAGAUGAAUAAAAAUCAGAAGCUGUUGUAUUCUUUUAAUAAGCUAGUGAAUAAGGACAUUUAGAUGCUCUUGUUGAUCUUGGAGAAAUAUUUGAAAAUGGACUUAAAAGUGAAGAUAAUGAAGCAUGUAGUUUAUUAAUCUUAUUUUAUAUAGAUAUUUAAGAACCUAGUUUGGAAUCUGCAGAAUUUUAUUAUUCUUAAGGAAAAAAAGUUAGAUAUCCUAGAGCUAUUAAUGCAUUAGGACUUUUUUAUUAUAAUCAUCCAGAUUUUUAAGAAAAAGUCUAAGGAAAUAAUUAUCGAAAAGCUCUUAAAUAUUUUGAAAUAGCUAAAGAAUUAGGUUAUGCUAAUUCAUUAUAUUGGUUGGCUUAAUGUUAUGAAUUUGGUUAUGGAGUUGCAGUCAAUUUAGAAUAAGCUAAAAGCUAUUAUAAAGAAGGUGCUUUAAAAGGAGAUGCUUCAUGUAGACUCUAAUAUAUGCAUUACGUAAUGAAAGAUUGUAGCAACUCUGGUAAAUAAGAAGAUUAUUUAUUUGCACAUUAAUAUUUGAUUCAAAUAAUGAUUUAAAAUCCAGAUAUAACUGAAGUUUAUUUUUAUUUAGGACAUCUUUAUGAAUGUGGUUUUGGUGUUUAAAAAGAUCCAUAAAAUGCUAUUCAUUAUUAUUUUAAAGGUGCUAAACUAAAAAAUUCAUCUUGCAUGACAAAAUUAGGAGAUUGUUAUCAUUGUGGUUUUGGUGUUCCUUAAAAUUCAAGAGAAGCAUUGAAAUUUUAUAAAGAAGCAGCAGAAAUGAAAGAUUCAGAAGCAUUAAUAAAUAUGGGUUUAAUUUACGAAUAAGGUUAUGAAGGAGUAACUAUAGAUUAUGCUAAAGCUUUUAAUGCUUAUGAAGAAGCUGCAAAAUUAGGUAAUCCAAAAGCUGAUUUUCAUUUGGGAUUAAUGUAUGAAGCUGGAAAAUAUGUUAAAAAGGAUGUUCAUUAUGCUGUAUAAAGAUAUUAAAAAGCUGCUCAAAUAGGAUGUUAAGAAGCUAGAGAUUUACUUAAAAAAAAAUAGAUUCCUAUGUUAUAUGAUGAUUCAGUUGGUGGAAAUAUUGACUAAGAAAUAGGUAAUUUAUAAUAUUAAUUUUUAGGUAUCCAUGCUGCAAAUAGAAAUGCAAUCAUGCUUAAUGAAGUAAUUCCAAUGAUUUAAAAUCCUUUAAUAAUUUAAUAAGGAAAAAAAACUAAUUAAUCAAUCAUAGCCUAUAAAUCUCAACAUUAAGAUAUGGGUGAAGGCAAAAUGAUUAGUAUUCUAGCUCAACCUAAUGCAACUUAAUCUAAUUAUGUACAAAGCCAUUAUUAAAAACAAGGCCUUUAACAUUGAUAUCAACA